AUGUAUUAUUAUUCUUUUUGCAGGCUCUCUUUGUCACUCUCUUUUUCUCUCUCCCCACUCUCUCUCUCUCUCUCUCUCUCUCUCUCUAUCUAUCUAUCUAUCUAUCUAUCUAUCUCUACUUUUUGUUCAUAUCGAUCUAUCUGCUUUUAUCAAUAUAACUGUUUUUGUCUAUCUAUCUAUCUAUCUAUCUAUCUAUCUAUCUAUCUAUCUAUCUAUCUAUCUAUCUCACUGGUUCUAUCUAUCUAUCUAUCUAUCUAUCUAUCUAUCUAUCUAUCUAUCUAUCUAUCUAUCCAGUUUGUUCAUAUCUAUUUACCUAACCGUAGUUUUAAUAUCUAUCUAUCUGCAAUUACUGUUUCUAUUCUCCCAUUUCUUUUCAUUGAUUAUUUGAGGUUUUUAAUUUUUCUUGAUCGUUUUUCUCAAUUCCACCCUACACCGCCCCCCCCAGCGCCUCUCUCCUUUCUCGUUACCCUUAUGACCAUCUUUGUUCCCGUUCCUCACGCGCAGAAAUGUUCAAACUCUAUCUGUAAAGCUCUCUUCGUUAGGCCUAUUUUCUUUUUCUUCUUUUUCCCGCCCUCAUCAACAUCUUCCCCUGCCCCCACUCCUUUUAAUUCACUUUUACCUUUUCUUUGUUUCACUUUUCCUACUACCAUCAAAACGCCCCCCACCUCCACCGUCCGCGCCUUCUUAUUAUCAUCCCACACCUCGAUCUUCGGGAUUUUCCUUCUUUGCAAUUGUUCCGAAGGAGGAAUUUAA